GGAGAAGGAUAGACGUCUUUUCUCUGCCUCUACAUUCUACAUUUCUGCCUAUAAUCGUCCCAUUAUUCCAAGAAGAUGACAUGUUCCUUUGACUUCACGAACAGUUUGAUAUCAAUUGAAGGCGACAUGGAUGAUCCCGAUAUGUUUACGCAUUUAUCUGAAGGAAAAUACAUAAAUUCCUUUGGUGAUAAUGAAACAAAGACUGUACUUGUCGCAAGGAGUCUCUUGCCUCUUGGCUACCAGAUUAUGCCAGAGGAAUUUCGAAAUGGAACAUUUAAUACCCCAUGUGCCUUACCAGCUGGAUUGGCAAUUAGUGUUGAAGACAUUAAUGACCACACUACAGAGCCAGUGUAUCAGUGCGCAGAACCCCCCAAUAACACAGGCACUGAACCACAAGAACCUUCGAACAUCAUAGACACUGAACCACAAGCCUUUGAACGCAUGAUUAGACACACAAGUGAGGAUAUACGGAUCUAUCCAUUAGCAUCAGAGAAGACAAAAAAUCCACCAUACCUGUUAAAAGGAAAAGAUAUCACUGUUAAAAACCUAAAACCAGUUACGCUGAUCGUGGAAGGAUGUCAGGGAAACGACAAGCUGGAGAUAUCCAUGAGAUAUAUGGAAGAGCAGUUCAAGACUGUUGGAGUUUACCCAUGCAAGAAUCACCUCGAAGAAAGUAAGAUGCCUGAGAAGGACUUCAACUUCACUCUGAUAACCACUCCAUGUGCAUACAAAGUGAUUGAUGACCAUCCAACUGCUCUAGUAGAUAUAAAACAAGAACUUAUUGACAACGGGAACUUCAAGUUCCACAUUAUGUUUCUGUGCCUAAAUUCUUGCCACAGGAAAAGGGGCAAGAAAAUUGAACUUCUGCUGAAAGUCUUUAACCCUGGAAAGACGGCACUUCUGAAGGAAGAGCACAUUAAUUUACGCAUUUGUAAGAACGUCAAACGUGAUUACAAGGAACACAGUGAACUUGGCACUAAACGGAAGAGUUACUCCUUGUACCAGUGAAAAAGAUGCAUAUGAAAAUGGAAUCUUGUCAGUCCCUAGCCCCUUGUGGUGAUGACCCAGAUGAUCCCCUAGAACAAGAAAUUUAUAAGGUAGGUUGGCAAGAUUUUCUAUACUUGGAGCACAAAAACUAAUUUUGCAAACUAAUU